AUGACAUCUAGUAAUAUUCAACAAUAAAAGGAGUUGAAGGUCUUUAACAAUUAGUUUGUUGUACUGAAGAAAUUAAGUUCAGGAUCUUUUGGGGUUGUUUUUUAAGGAGAAGAUAAAAAAACUGGAGAAUAAAUAGCAUUAAAGAUAGAGAAAGAGGAGAGUGAUGAAGCUAAGUCUUUGGAUAGAGAAGUAUAUAAAUUUUAGAAUCUAUAGCUUAGUCAUAAAUAUUAUAGAGGUUGUAGGGUAUAAAAGGAAUUCCAAAAUUAUAUUGGUCAGGUUCAGAAGGACCUUAUAAUAUUAUGGUAAUAUAAUUGUUAGGAAGAGAUUUGGCAUAUUAUGCAAAACAUUUAAAAAGAUUUCAAUUAAAAACAUUGAUUAUGUUAGCUGAGCAAAUGAUAACAAUUUUGGAGUAGUGCCAUAUAAAGUAAAUAAAUCUAAAAUAAUAUUAGAUCUAUAAUUCAUAGAGACAUGAAACCAGAAAAUGUGCUUGUAGGUCGUGAAAAUAAUGAAAUAUAUUUAGUUGACUUUGGAAUUUCAAAAGUUUAUAAAGAUGCAAAUGGAAAUCAUGUGUAUAUAUAUAUUUUAACAAAAUAAUAGACCAUUUAGAGAUGGAAAGCCUUUUAUAGGAACAACGAGAUAUGCUUCUAUUAGUGCACAUAAAGGUUUUGAAUUAGGAAGAGGAGAUGAUCUUGAGUCUUUAGGAUAUAUGCUGGUAUUUUUAUAUAAAGGUUCGUUACCUUGGUAAAAUUUAUAGAAUGUAAGUGAUAAAGAGAAAACUAAAGUAGUUGGCAAAAUGAAAAUGUAAAUAUUAAUUGAAGAACUAUGUAAAGACAUGCCUAAUGAAUUUUCAAAGUACUUUGAAUAUGUUAAGAAAUUGCAAUUUAAAUAAACUCCUGAUUAUGAGUAUUUAAAAUAAUUGAUGAAGAAAUGCGCAAGUGAUAAUAAAAUAGAAUUUGAUUAUAAAUUUGAAUGGGCAUUAUUGGAAAGGAGAACUUCUGAUGUAAAUUAUUUAUCUAAAUAUUGUAAAGUAGUAAUCAUAGCACAAUUCAUAGAGAAAUAUUAAAAAGGAUUCAACUCAUAAUAAUAAUAAUAAUAAUGAUUAAAAUAAAAAAUAAACAAAAAAUAAUAUCAAUUCAUAAAGUAAAUUAAAACCAGAAAUUGAUAGUGAGAAAAUUUCUAAAUCAAAAAGUCCUGCAAAAUAAACAAAAAGAUAAUCUUUGAUACCAGAAAUGCAAUCAUAAAAUUAAUCACAAUCCAGUCAAUUUGAUUUUCUUCGUCCUCCAGAUCCAUAUGCAAAAGCUAGGGCUAUAAUAUAAAGAAGUUAAGAGAGACACAAAUCUGUCUCAUCAUUAGCACCAUCAUAAUAUAGCUAAGUGAAUACAAUCUAAUCAAGCAUUGCAGGAAAUUAUUAAGCAAGCCAUAUGGAUAUGUUUGCUAAUGAUACUCAAUAAUAACAAUAAUAAGAAUAGUAAACUGAAAAGAAAUAAGAUCUUAUUCAAGCUUAAAAUUUUGGUUUUCAACCUUUAGAAAAUAAUGAUACAAUUGCUAUGCUUAUUGGAGAAGAUGAAGAAGGACCUUGUUUUCAAUAUUAAGAACUUUUAGAAAGACAAGUCUAAGCGUAAAUAUUAAAUUUUAUUUAUAUUUAGACAAUUUAAAGAAUAUGUUAAAAAUGGAAAUAAAAAUAAGCGAAAUAAAUGA